AUGGGAGGAGCUGAACAUCUUGAGAAAACUAGUGUAAAAAAACACAUGAUGAUGAGCAAGAAGGCGUUAUCUUCUUCCAUCGUUAAUUACGUGCUUGGAGAGCAGCGACUCAUCUGUUUAUUCAUCGGAAUCAUUGUUUCAGUUUCCGCACUCAGUAUCAUUAAUCUCUCCCCGCGUACUAUCAGCAGUGCUUCUGUUUCCCUUGAUCAUGUCUCAUCAACUUCGAUUCCUCGAAGAAUAACGUAUGAGUUGGUUGAUCAUGGCAACGUUAAUGCAGGUGGAAAGGUGCCGUUGGGAUUGAAGAGGAAGAAUUUGAGAGUAUUGGUAACAGGUGGAGCAGGGUUUGUGGGGAGCCAUUUGGUGGAUAGGUUGAUAGAGAGAGGAGAUAGUGUGAUUGUCGUUGAUAAUUUCUUUACUGGUCAAAAACAGAACUUGUUGCACCAUCUCAAUAACCCUAAGUUCGAGUUGGUUAGACAUGAUGUGGUGGAGCCUAUCUUGCUUGAAGUUGAUCACAUUUAUCAUUUGGCGUGCCCUGCUUCUCCUGUUCAUUACAAGUAUAAUCCCAUCAAGACCAUUAUAUCAAAUGUGAUGGGAACAUUGAACAUGUUGGGGCUGGCAAAAAGAGUAGGAGCUAGAUUUCUGAUAACUAGCACAAGUGAAGUGUAUGGUGAUCCUUUGCAGCAUCCUCAAGUUGAAACUUAUUGGGGCAAUGUUAAUCCCAUUGGUGUCCGGAGUUGUUAUGAUGAAGGAAAGAGAACAGCUGAGACUUUGGCCAUGGAUUAUCAUAGAGGACUUAACGUUGAGGUUAGAAUUGCUAGGAUUUUUAACACAUAUGGACCUCGUAUGUGCAUAGAUGACGGUCGGGUUGUGAGCAAUUUCGUUGCGCAGGCAUUAAGAAAGCAACCAUUAACUGUUUAUGGAGAUGGGAAGCAAACUCGAAGCUUCCAAUAUGUUUCUGAUUUGGUAGAAGGAUUGAUGAGGUUGAUGGAAGGAAAUCAUGUAGGUCCUUUCAAUCUUGGCAACCCUGGUGAAUUUACCAUGCUUGAACUAGCUAAGGUAGUACAAGAAACAAUAGAUCCAAAUGCAAAGAUAGAAUUUAAACCAAACACAGAAGAUGAUCCCCACAAAAGGAAGCCAGACAUUUCAAAAGCAAAACAACUUUUAGGAUGGGAACCAACAGUCUCCCUUCGCCAAGGAUUACCUCGCAUGGUUGAUGACUUUCGACGACGUAUAUUUGGCGAUGAUAAGCUCGAUUCUGGUUUAUAGUAAAUAGUACU